GUUUGAGAAAAGCACUAUACAUACCUCGGCGGGAAAUGGGGUUGCCCGCCUCAGACCUAUCCGUCUAUAUGUCUUCGGCCGGCAACCCCCUUUGUCCCGGCCUCUGUAGUAAUGUACUAUUAAGCUUCUUCAAACGAGGCCUUCGCGAUGCACUGGAGAAUAGCUGGAAACAUAAAACAUAGUGAUUCAAUGCUCUUUGGCUGGAAAGAGACCACGAACUGCCGAGUGAUGUCCGUAGAAUUGGUUAUUCGCAUCUCCAAACGAAUUCUUGAUUAACUGCACCCUUUGUGUAGGCUAUUCAUUGCAUAAAUAUCCUAUCAAAAUUAAUACAUUAAGCAGCAAAUGCAAAAAAUAUAUUUGGAGGGCGAUCCGCCAUGUUUCAUGGAUCAAUCGAAAAUCCCUACAAACCUACAAACUACUUUAAUAUUUAUGACAUUGACACUGACACUUGUCUAUGACAGCGGCAAGAAAGGAAACAUUCUGUACGCGCUGUAAUAUGUGAUUGCAAAAGAAGAAAAGAUCGCUGCAAAAUUAGUACCUACCUAUUAGAAAUCGUGCAUUGCAAGACUCGCUCUUUCUUAGUUCCAAAUAAGGGCUAUCGUCACAAUGAGGAAUAAUCGUGGCAAGAUAAAGAAAUUUAUUUCGCCAAUAAACAAACAACUAAAUUAAUCAAGAUGUAACUACAACCUUCACCAUGGACUCAACUAGUACAAAUUCACAUGAGGUAAUGACCUCCAAUUUAAAGCAAAUAAUCAACCACAAAGGAAAAUCCUUCAUACGGGAAGUGCUUUUGGCGGAUGCAAAUGUACCAUACAAAUUGACUGUAGACCGAAGUAAAAACAAACUGUUUUUCUGCAUAAAUGCCGACGACUUCUCUGACCAAAGUUUCCAUUUAGUAAUGUUAGAUCUUGAGACAGGGUCGCCGUGGGUCAUCCCAGGAAUACGCAAUGGGUUUGCGAGCGCUGUAGACCCCGCCACCGGUAUCGUGUAUCUGGGAGGAAGCAAUGGCAUCUUCAAAUACAAUUACAAUACCUUAGCUGCUCAAGGUCCCGUGCUCAACAGAGUCGAUGUCUUCGAUAUGUUCUUCAAGAAUGAACUCUACUUCGUUGAUACAGCAACGCAGGCUUUAUCUAUUCUCAGAAAUUGUAGAAAGGUUCUUGUCAAAGCUCUAAAAGGCUACUUGAUUCAGCAUUUCGUAAUAGAUGCCAAAGAUGAUUUCUAUUUCACUAAUUCAACUGGUCUUUAUGUUAUAAAUCACGGAAGUCAAGCUGCUACUUUUAUUCCGUAUAGCGAUACCAUGAACUUCAGGGGGGCGGCCGUGGAUACUGAGGGACGCGCACAUUUCAUCACUGAAGAUGGCGUUUAUCAGAUCGACAAAAAUUCCAAUCACCUGCAGAAAUGGUUAUCUGUUCGGAACGGAUAUGGAAUAGCAUUCGAUAAAAAUAAUAAUAUUAUUUAUAGCGAUGAGCGAUCUGUUAAUAAAAUUUAUCCUUUAGAAACUACUAACGACCCCUUUAGUGACGAUUAUAAUUGACAAUAAAACCACGCAGGAAUGCCUAAAUAU